AUCGGCUGCUGUUGCUUCUUAUUAAGAGGUUUGACUCCGAAGAUGAUCGGGGAAAGCUGAUGUAAUGAUUACGUUAGUGAUCACAAUUUGCUAAUCACUAGAAUGAGAAUGAUUAGCCAAUCGAUCAGUUCCGAUGGAAACACUGAGGAGGCGAGGCGGCGGAGGACAUUGCCGGCGGGUCCAGCUUUCUCCUCGCGUUCAUCGUGACCCGUCAGCUUCGAAGAUGGCCUCUAGCGACUAUGUCCAGAGACUUAUCGCUCAAUACCUGGCUCAUAGUUACCCAUCUGCGCUCCCUUCAUUUCUCGAAGCGACUCAUCUUGAACACUUAGAAUUGAAUGGUCAAGAUGCACCUGAUACCGAUUUACGAACCAUCGUGGAGGACUACUACCUCUCGACGAAGCUUCCGAAACAGCUGGACAGUGUAGAGAUCUCGACCCAUGAGAGAGAUUCACUGGGUCAAGGAUGGAAGGGCUGGACAGCGAAGGAUAUCGCAGGGAUCAAGUUGGAUCCCGAUGUCAAACUUGGAGGCGUGAUCAGAAGUAUCGACGGGAUCAGUGCUGCCAAUUUGUUGACUGUCAUGUUGGCGAGAAUACCGUAUCGAGAGUUUGACACAGCGUCUGCCGAAUACAGAGCUCGAUUCCAGCUCGACAUCGUCACUACGUCGGUCGACAAGACGAUCAAGUUUAUCAAUCAUGUGUCCGGGGAGGUCUCUAGGAUUCUGCAACCCCACCAAGCCGCUAUUCUAGCGUUCGACGUUCACCCACUGAACCCGCGGUAUCUAGUCACAGGCUCGAUGGACGGGACUACCAUUCUCACCGACCUUAUCACGCUGCAGCCACUCCAAACAUUCAGAUCAAACAAGUUUGUUGUCAGAGUAGCGUUCUCGCCCUGUGGUCGAUUCCUCGCGACAGCGUCCUACGAUCGAGAUAUCGUCAUUUAUCAAGCAUCCUCCUCUCAUUCAGCUCCGCCGCAGAUGCAGGACGAAGACGACGAUGAUCACAUGCUGCUACUUGACGAGCUUGAUCAUCCGGACCUAGCUUGUGAUCCCGCACUACGCUACGAACCUGUCAAACGGAUUACUUGCGAUUCGAACCCUGAAUCUAUCCUCUUUCAUCCAGCUUCCACUUGGCUCAUGUACACCCUGCGAAACGCGUAUCAGAUGUUUUACGUUCGCUUACCGGACCCAUCAGAGGAUAUAUCGGUCGUGACUUCAUCCUCCUGGGAGACUCGAACGAAAAGCUUCAAUCCGUCGCAAUACGAUACACACGUCUCGUUCUCCGUCCUCAAUAUGAUCCUUCACCCGUCUGGAAAGCUCGUGGCAUGUCAAACGGGAGAUCAUCGAGGAACGUCCGGAGAGCGAGUCUUACUGUACGGCGUCGAGCCGGAGGAGACUGAACGCCUGGGAUGUUUAUGGACGGGUUCGGAGUCUGACGACUUUGUACUGCCCCGUAUGGCCUGGAUACCAGAUGGCUCGGGGAUCAUUACAACCUCGCCGAAUGGUUAUCUCAACCUCUUAUCGUUAGACGGCACAACUCGAUCCAGUGUCAAAGUUCACGGAGGCACCACGCAACUCGGUCAAGCUUCAAGUCAGGUCGUCAGGGACAUUGCAAUGUUGCAACAAGCCGAUGGAACAUGGUCAGCCGUUAGUGUAGGGUACGACAGGCAAAUCAGGUUCACCAGAUAGCCCUCUGGACGGAUGUAGUACAGUAUGCA